AGGGAAAAGUCUCAGUAGCCCCAGAAAGAAAGAUAGGAGAAAAGAGAAGCAAAAGGAAGCACACCAAUCAGAGAAGGGGGGCUCACUUUUUGCCCGUCUCUGGCCCCAACAUAUCACAGUCGCCGUCUCCAAAGGAUUCCAUUCAACUCUGUCGACUUGGGUAGCAUUGCACUCGCCCUCUCCCACCCCUACAAAACCAAGUUAGAAAGCCACCAAGAACUUUGUAGCUCAAGUACCAAGAACAAAGAAACCAGCUUCCUCCUCUCUUUCUCUCUCCCCCACAGUCGAAUCUAGUGUGUGAGAGAGAGAGAGAGAGAGAGAGAGAGAGAAGAGAAGAAGAGAGGAACGAAGAGAAGCCAUGAGACUGACCAGAAUUCCAAUCAUCCUUUCCCCUGUAAACCAACCACCCAUCAUUGCGGCCAAACUAUCCUUUUCAGCGUCGGGAGGUGAGCUUUAAAGCCGCCCUCCUCCUCCACCGCUUCUUCCUACUUAACCUCCUCUUCUCCACCUUCACGCGAUCCGCUUCUCCAUUUCUUGCCGCGUGUAAUUCCCUAUCGUUAUUUUCCGCGGCCACCAUGAAGCCCUCUUGUGGCUCCGUCAACGGUUUCUACGCCUUCGUCGCCCAUGGCGUCGAUGACCUUGGUCGCUGUCUUACGUCGACCAACUUUAUGUCGGUCACGUUCCUGCAGCGCUGCGUCGCGCUGCUUCGGUCCGUCCACUCGCAGUUCAUGAGCCUGGUCCAGAAGCUCCAUCUGCCUCCCGGUGAAAAGUGGUUCGACGAGUACAUGGACGAGAGCGCCCGCGUGUGGGACGCGUGCCAUGUCCUCGAGCUCGGCCUCGCCAGCAUCGAGAGCUACUGCGCCACCGGAGCCGACAUGAUCUCCAUCCUCGAACGACACCGCAGCAAUCCUCAACUCGUUCGACAGGCAAUGCGAGCAAUCUCCGUGUGUCGAAGAGCAGCGGCGGGCAUGCAAGAGGAGAACAGAGUGCUAACGGAGACGAGGAUUGAGGCGCUGUCGCUCCGGACCGGCGAGAAGAUUCCGUCGGAAUCGAAGCUGAACGGGUUCAAUGGGUUCAGGGGAGUGUUGCAUGCAAUGAGGAACGUGAGCUCCUUCCUCUUGAUGGUCCUGCUCUGGGGACUGGUGCACUGGUGGCCAUGCUGCAGCUCGAGCCAAGCGGCCGCGGACUCCUCCUCCUCCUCCUCCUUCGAGCCGACAUACAUGCUGUCGAUCGCAAGGCUGCAGCAGAGGGUGGUGGGGGAGAUCGAGGGGAUGGGAGGCAGGCGGCAGGGGGUUCUGCUGUACGAGUUCCGCCGGGCGAGGGCCGCCACAGAGGAGUUGAGGGAGGGGCCCGGAGACGGGAGAGAGAUGGAGGAGAGCCUGAAGCUGUGGUUCGGGCUGCUGAGGUCCGGCACUGACAGCAUCGCCGGGCAGCUGGAUGACUUCUUGGAUGAGAUCGUGGAGGGGAGGAAGAAGCUGGUGGACUUGUGCAGUCACAUGUAGGUCCGACUACAAUCAAAGAAAAGACAAGUUUCAAUAACAGGGUUGAGAAGAGUAGAUAUGCCGUCAUGUUAUCUGCUCUGUUCUUGCUCCAAACAUCUUCCUUCUUCUAUCUAUAAUGUUCAAACUUAUAUGUGAUCAAAUGAGAGUUGACUGCCAUGAACAAAUAGCUUGCAGCAGGAAGAAA